AUGGUCCCCAAACUCCGAGAUACCGUGAAGGGGCUCCGCACUGCCGGCAACGAGCGAUUUCGCACCGGCCAGUACGCCGAAGCCUCCGCGCUCUACAGCCGCGCGCUGCAGAUGCUGCAGGCUGAAGGUUCUUCAGACCCUGAAGAAGAAAGUGUUCUCUACUCCAACCGAGCAGCAUGCCACUUAAAGGAUGGAAAUAUCAGAGACUGCAUUAAAGAUUGUACUUUAGCACUGGCCUUGGUUCCAUUUGGCAUUAAGCCCCUGCUGCGGCGAGCAUCUGCCUUUGAGGCUCUGGAGAAGUACCCCCUGGCUUAUGUCGACUACAAAACUGUGCUGCAGAUUGAUAACAGUGUGACAUCAGCCCUGGAAGGCAUCAACAGAAUGACCAGAGCUCUCAUGGACUCACUUGGGCCCAAGUGGCGCCUUAAGCUGCCCUCUAUCCCAUCGGUGCCUGUUUCAGCUCAGAAGAGGUGGAAUUCCUUGCCUUCAGAGAACCAGAAAGAGAUAGCUAAAAGCACAUCCAAAGAAACCACAACUACAAAGAACAGAGUGCCUUCUGCUGGGGAUGUGGAGAGAGCCAUAGUUCUGAAGGAAGAAGGCAAUGAGCUGGUAAAGAAGGGAAACCAUAAGAAAGCUAUUGAGAAGUACAGUGAAAGCCUCUUCUUUAGUAACCUGGAUUCUGCCACAUACAGCAACAGAGCGCUCUGCUAUUUGGUCCUGAAGCAGUACAAGGAAGUAGUGAAGGAUUGCACAGAAGCCCUCAAGCUGGAUGGAAGGAACGUGAAGGCGUUUUACAGACGGGCUCAAGCCUACAAGGCACUCAAGGACUAUAAAUCCAGCUUGGCAGACAUCAGCAGCCUCCUACAAAUUGAGCCCAGGAACGGCCCUGCACAGAAGUUGCAGCAGGAGGUUAACAAGAGCCUAAUCUAAAAACCCAAAAGGGCAGCAGGAAACGUCUGCCUGACCUUACCCCAAGAAGCCAAGGGCCUCAUCCUCUGCCCCUGCUCUUGCAACACAGCAUGCCCCAGAGCAAGCUCUGAAGCACCUCCUCAGCCCUACAGAGAGGCGAUGGCCUCCCACCCCUUAAGAGGCUUUGCUUGUUCAGAUUAAGCUCAGUGUAGUCAAACACAGAUGUUGUUUCGCCAGCAUGGUCUCUGCUAGAGCUGAAGCCCUGUUCGUACUCCCCCAUGCAUCAGACAGCUAACAGAUCACACAGGUCCUCAUCAGCAAGGCACUAGGCUUUGUUCCUGCCCCUAAGUGUGCUCCACACUGAGUGCUGCCCUUGUAGCUUCACCAGACCCAGCCUCACUACAGUUUAUCUGAACAAACCAAGCUCCUAUGCAGGGGUGGGGGAUAAGCUAGAAAAUCCUGGCCCUCCUAUACCCAAAGCAGCCUAGUGAGCUGGUUCUCCAGAGCUGCAGUCUUUCCAAGUGUGCAACUGCUGUGUCCACCCUGUCCUUGACAGUCUCCUGUGUCUGAGCCCCAGUGCCUUUUGUCCAGGCCCUCCUUUGGUGGGAAGGCAGAGCCCUGACCCUUGGAUGGCUCUGUCCUUGACUCUGCUGCUGCUUUCUGCAUGGAGGUACCUAACCUGUUUCAAGAGCCCGGUGGUUGCAGCCACUCCUCCUGGAGGUGGGAUGAGAAAAGUGGCCUCCUGGGCCGGCCCGUGGCUCACUCGGGAGAGUGCGGUGCUGAUAACACCAAGGCCACGGGUUCGGAUCCCAU